GACCCGGUGUUAUUUACUGGAACAUUGAGGAAGAACCUUGAUCCCUUCCAACAGUAUGGUGAUGAGCAGUUAUGGAAGGCUUUGGAAGAGGUCAAGCUGAAGGACCACAUCAAAGACAUUCCCGAGGGCCUCAAUGCUGAAGUCUCUGAAGGAGGUGUGAACUUCAGUGUUGGUCAGAGGCAGCUCAUCUGCCUGGCUAGAGCUAUCCUGGGCAACAACAGAAUACUGCUCAUUGAUGAAGCAACAGCCAAUGUGGAUCCAAUCACUGAUGAGCUUAUUCAGCAGACAAUCCGAACAAAAUUUAAGGAUUGUACAGUACUCACCAUUGCUCACCGACUGCACACAAUCAUGGAUUCUGAUAGAGUUAUG